UAGCUUCCUGGUAGAGCCCUUAAAUUCAGAAUCACACUUGAUGCCUGAUCGUGCAGCGGACUUAAGCCCCACUCAGCAGGACUGGAACUUGUCCUGGGACACCAUUGGGAAGAGCGAACAUGCUGCUGCUGAUCAGUGUCACCCUCACUGUGGGGGUGUCCUUGGGGGCUCCCGCACAAGUUCAACCCGCUGCUUUUCCUGAAAUAAAACAUGGAGGCCUAUAUCAGCAUGAAAAUAGACGUAAACCAUACUUCCCAGCAGCUGUAGGAAAGUGGUAUUAUUAUUCCUGUAAUGACAACUUUGUGACUCACUCACGAUCAUACUGGCAUUAUGUUACUUGCACACGAGAAGGAUGGUCACCAGCAGUGCCCUGCCGCAGAAAAUGUAUCUUCAGUUAUAUGGUACAUGGAUGUACCCCAAAUUAUGAAGAAUAUUUCCAGGGUGAAUCUGUAAGAGUUGAGUGCCAUCCCGGCUACAGCCUUCCCAAUGAGCAGACCUCAAUGACAUGUACAGAGAAUGGCUGGUCCCCUCCUCCCACAUGCAUCCCUGUCAAAACAUGUUCAAAAUUGGACCUGGAAAUUCCAAAUGGAUUUAUUUCUGAAUCAGAUCCUACAUAUCCUCUACAUAAACGAGUACAAUGUAAGUGCAAACAAGGAUAUGUGACAACAGAUGGUCACACCACUGGGUCGAUUACAUGUCAGCAAAAUGGAUGGUCGACUCAGCCCACAUGCAUUAGUAAAAAAACCUACACAGACACCUCGUUAGGGGCACAGAGAAGCGCUUCCAGACAGAACAGAUCACUCUGUGCUGAGUGUGGUCCCCGUACCAUGGCCCUGAAGAUCAUGGAGAUUUUCGAAGAGCUGUUUGCUCAGGUCAUCAUAUUGAUCCCAAAGCUGUGCAAGUCUAAAAGAAAAUGCGGGACCCCUCCACCUAUUCAAAAUGGAGACAUCACCACAUUCCCAUUAGCAGAAUAUGCUCCAGGGUCAUCAGUUGAAUACCAAUGCCAGUUCUUGUAUGAACUUCAGGGAAACAAGCAGAUAACAUGUAGAGAUGGAGAGUGGUCAGAACCACCAAAAUGCUUAGAUGCAUGUAUAGUAUCAGAAGAAAUUAUGGAAAAACAUAAUAUACAGUUUAAAUAGACUUAUGAGAAAAAACUUUAUUCUAGGACAGAUGAUAUAGUUGAAUUUGUGUGUAAAACUGGGUAUCGAGUACAGUCACCAUAUUCUGCAUCUCGAGCAACAUGUCGGGAAGGGAAAGUGGAGUAUCCCACUUGUGUGAGAAGAUAGAGAUAGAACGAAGUCAUGAAAUUAUAAUAUGCACACUCUUUUAGGAUUUUUUAUUAUAAUCACACUUCUCAAUUUUAUUUUUUGAAAUAUUUAAUUCAUUUUUGUUCAGAAAUCAGAAUUUUUGUUACUCUGAAGUACAUGAAAUAAUGAUACUCUGAGAGGAUAAAACCUUACUCCAAAAAGCACUGCAUUAAAACGUGGCAAACUGAAGUGCUAUGUCGUACUCAUAGGACACCUGUGACCAGAUUAGAUGCAGUCACUUCAGAGCUUGCCUCCAUCCACCAUUCUUGACUCUCUCAAAGCUUCCUCCAUAAUUUCUGUGGCAUUCUGAGACACGAUUUUGGAGGAAAUAGAAAACAUUUCCUGCUUUUUGUCUUUGAAAUAAUAUCACUACACAAACACAUAAACACCACACCAUGCUUGUGACAAGAUACCAAAAAUUAUCAGUUCCUCUUUUUUGCUUACUUACACGUAAAGAGAAAACUAUACAAAAAGGAUGACAUACAGCCUCCUACAAGAUUCUAACACUUUUAAUAAUUCAAGGAAAUCAUAAAGAGGACUUAGAAUCCAGUUGAGUAUGUAACAGUUAUUCAGUAACAUAAAAAUGAUAAUCCAUAUCAAGAAUAAACAUACACACCCCACUUUGAACUCUAGUGUUUACAAAACAACACUGGCAGAAUUUUUACAGGGACUAGAGUUGAGUUUAGAGACAAUAGAAGUAAGACUUGAUGUUUAACCUCUGUAUUCUUAUCUCUAGAGUCUGAUUGUUCCGCCUUUAGCAUGUCACCGUUUAAUCACAAGAGUACAUUAUUUUAAAAUAAAGAAGACUGAAAAGCAAGGCGAUGCAAGCUGAGAACAGUGAAGACCUUGUCGUAAUAACCUUGAUGGCCGUAACAGUUUCAUGCACUUAUUGGUAUAGAAAUAUUUUGGAAAUAUUCAAUAAGAUCCUGAAAAAUAAUUUCUAUGAUCACACAUUUCAUCAGCCUGAAUUAGUUAAAAUCACUCCUGGACAGACCCAUUUUAAAGUUUCUAUGAAAAAUCUGAACAAUGUAGACAUGAAACUGAAUGUCAGUCCUAGAUUUUAGGGGGAUCAGUGGGAACUCCAUGAUGGGGGUGUGAUGAACAGCUCGUCCAUGGAAAGCUGACUGGGAAGAAGGUAAGGAGGGCCUGCAUCUCUCCUCACUGCUGACCAGUCUCUGAGUCUCAGAAUCUCCAACAAAAAUAUUUUGAUGCUACAACUCUUCGAGGUGAGGCAUGUACUUCAUUUUAUAGCACAUCAGAGAUACACAGAUGGUGAAGAAUAGUCACACGUUAUCCCCUAAGUUACAUUUUCUCACUUUAGAAAAGAAAAAUGCUUUGUGUGCUGCGCUCUUGGCAUUGGAUAUUGGCCAGCAACCAUUUAUGAAUAUUAUUGUUAUUAGAUAUAACUUACUAACUUACGAGCAUCCAAUGAGCUCUAUACAGCAACCAGAUGGAAAGUUCUGUAGAGAUGAUAAACUCAGACCACACUUUUCCCCAACCAUCCAACAUACAGAAUAGUUGAGAUAAUAGAAUAAUGAACUCUGGCAGAGACACAGUCAAUAUUCAACCAGUGUUAACAUUUUUUCCUAUUUGUUACUGUACUUACCAGUGUCCUCAUAGAUUUCUCUCUCAUGUGUGUGUGUUUCAGGAGAGUGAGGUAAACCAUUAAAAAUAUUUGCAGAUAUUAUGAAAUUUCUUCAAAAUUUUUAGUGUGUCUCUCUAAAAAAGAGGUAAAGUUUCACAUCUAAGCAAUAUAGUGCCAUCACAACUAUGAAAAUGAACAUGACUUCCCUAGUAUUAUUUAUUCUUCAUCUUUUAAUAGCUGUUACAUCAAAUGAGGUACUAAUUCAGUGCAUUCUCUGUUUUUGAUUCCUAUGCCACUUCAAGAUCUUUUCAUUUAAAAUUUUCAAGCUUUAUUGAGAUAACUGACAUAGAAUAAUGUGUCAAUUUAAGGUGAACGGUGUGAUGACUUCAUAUACAUUACAAAAUCAUUUCAACAAUAAGGUUGGUUAACACACCCAUCUCCUCACACAAUUCCAUUCCUCCUGCUGAGAACACUUAAGACCUACUCUGUUUCGAGUGUACAGUACAGGGUUAUUCGCUAUAAUCACCAUACUGUCUGUGAAAUUCCAAGACCUUACUCAUCAUAUGACUGAAGUCCGUACCUGGUCACCAGCAUCUGCCCAUUCCCCCACCCGCACCCCCGGGGUGCGGAGACUGGAUUAGAGCCCCUCAUCUAGCCUUUGCUGUAUGAGUUUGUCUUUCUAGAUUCCACACAGAAGUGAGGUCGAACAGCCUCUGUCUUUCUCUGACUUGUUCCACUUGGCGUAAU